GUGAAACAGGCAACCAACCAAAUUGUGAUGAACUGUGCUGAUAUUGACAUCAUUACAGCUUCCUAUGCACCAGAAGGAGACGAAGAGGUACAUGCCACAGGCUUCAACUAUCAAAAUGAAGAUGAAAAGGUUACUCUCUCCUUUCCCAGUACUCUUCAGAAAGGGACAGGGACACUAAAGAUAGACUUUGUAGGGGAGCUGAAUGAUAAAAUGAAAGGGUUCUACAGGAGUAAAUACACCACCCCUACUGGAGACACCCGCUACGCCGCCGUCACCCAGUUCGAGGCUACUGAUGCUCGCAGAGCUUUCCCUUGCUGGGAUGAGCCUGCUAUUAAGGCAACUUUUGAUAUUUCUUUGGUGGUUCCUAAAGACCGAGUAGCUUUGUCAAAUAUGAAUGUGGUGGACAGGAAGCCCUACCCAGAUGAUGAAAACCUGGUGGAGGUGAAGUUUGCUCGUACCCCCAUCAUGUCGACGUACCUCGUGGCUUUUGUGGUGGGGGAAUAUGACUUCGUGGAGGCCAGGUCCCUCGACGGCGUCUUAGUGCGUGUUUACACUCCCGUGGGCAAAGCAGAACAAGGAAAGUUUGCUUUAGAGGUUGCUGCUAAAACUCUGCCUUUUUAUAAGGACUACUUCAAUGUUCCUUACCCUCUUCCUAAAAUUGAUCUCAUAGCUAUUGCAGACUUUGCUGCUGGUGCCAUGGAGAACUGGGGCCUUGUUACUUAUAGGGAGACUGCAUUGCUCAUUGACCCCAAAAAUUCCUGUUCUUCAUCUCGCCAGUGGGUUGCUCUGGUUGUAGGACAUGAACUUGCUCAUCAGUGGUUUGGAAACCUUGUGACCAUGGAAUGGUGGACCCAUCUCUGGCUGAAUGAAGGAUUUGCCUCCUGGAUUGAGUACCUGUGUGUGGAUCACUGCUUCCCAGAGUACGAUAUCUGGACUCAGUUUGUGUCUGCUGAUUACACACGAGCUCAAGAGCUUGAUGCCUUAGACAACAGUCAUCCCAUUGAAGUUAGUGUUGGCCAUCCCUCUGAAGUAGAUGAAAUAUUUGAUGCUAUUUCUUACAGCAAGGGAGCAUCUGUAAUCCGAAUGCUACAUGACUACAUUGGUGAUGAGGACUUCAGGAAAGGAAUGAAUUUAUAUUUAACGAAGUUCCAGCAGAAGAAUGCUGCUACAGAGGAUCUCUGGGACAGCCUGGAAAAAGCCAGUGGGAAACCUAUAGCUGCUGUGAUGAACACAUGGACCAAACAAAUGGGAUUUCCACUCAUUUACGUGGAAGCAGAACAGCAAGAAGAUGACAAAGUGUUGAAGCUAGUCCAGAAGAAAUUCUGUGCCAGUGGACCAUAUACUGGGGAGGAUUUCCCCAUGUGGAUGGUGCCCAUAAGUAUUUGUACAAGUGAUGACCCCACCAGUGCCAAAAUGCAAAUAUUGAUGGACAAACCAGAGCUCACCUUGGUUCUGAAAGACACCAAACCUGACCAGUGGGUGAAGUUAAACCUUGGAACAGUCGGGUUCUACCGUACUCAGUACAGCCCUGACAUGCUGGAGAGUUUAAUACCAGCCAUCAAAGACCUCUCCCUACCCCCUGUGGACAGGCUUGGCCUGCAGAAUGAUCUUUUCUCUCUGGCCCGAGCUGGAAUCAUUAGCACUGUAGAGGUUCUAAAAGUCAUGGAAGCUUUUGUGAAUGAGCCCAAUUACACUGUGUGGAGCGACCUCAGCUGUAACCUGGGGAUUCUCUCAACUCUCUUGUCCCACACAGACUUCUAUGAGGAAAUCCAGGUGUUCGUGAAAGAUGUCUUUUCACCAAUAGGGGAGAGACUGGGCUGGGACCCCAAACCUGGAGAGGGUCACCUAGAUGCCCUUCUGAGAGGUCUGGUCUUGGGCAAACUAGGAAAAGCUGGGCACAAAGCAACACUGGAAGAAGCCCGACGCCGAUUUAAGGACCACGUGGAAGGAAAGCAUAUCCUGUCAGCUGACCUGAGGAGUCCUGUAUAUGUCACUAUCCUGAAGCAUGGAGACAGUACUACUUUAGACACUAUGCUGAAGCUCCACAAGCAAGCAGACAUGCAGGAGGAGAAGAACAGAAUCGAACGAGUUCUUGGUGCCAUCUCUCAACCAGAGCUGAUUCAAAAAGUUCUCACCUUUGCACUUUCAGAAGAGGUACGUCCCCAGGACACGGUAUCUGUUAUUGGUGGAGUAGCUGGAGGCAGCAAGCAGGGGAGGAAAGCUGCUUGGAAAUUCGUAAGGGACAACUGGGAGGAACUUUAUAAUCGAUACCAAGGUGGAUUCUUAAUAUCCAGACUAAUAAAGCUAACAGUGGAUGGAUUUGCAAAUGAUAAAAUGGCUGCAGAAGUGAAGGCUUUCUUCGAGAGCCACCCGGCGCCCUCUGCGGAGCGCACGGUGCAGCAGUGCUGUGAGAAC